UUGCUCCCCCUAAGCAUGCAUAGAGAAGGAGGGUCCACCAUCUCGCCACACCACACUCGUUCCAGCACUCACUCCAACAGCAUGGCAGCGAGACUGCUCUCCCUCGUGCUUCUACUGGCAACUGUGGGCCUCUCCGUGGCAGCGAUGUUUAUCGCUGGAGCUGAAUUAGAUCCAGAGGAUCCGGAGAGGUGUUUGUACGAAGGAGCUAGUUACUCCUUCACCGAAGACACGCAGGCCCCCGGGCUGUGUGAAGUAGUCAGAUGCCUGCGUCUGGUUGACGGCAUCUACGCUCAGAUAACUUCGUGCGGAGUAAUUGAGGCGGAGUGUGCGGCCGUCGAUGGCGACUCCACCCUCCCGUUUCCUGACUGUUGCCCAGAGAUGCAGUGUUUUGUUUGAGGCCUCGUAGUCGUCACCUGCUGCCCCUAACAGGGUCGUAACGAGCCCUUUGCUGCCUCGCCAGCUUCGCCGCCGCCUGUUGCCUCGCCCUCGUCGUCGCCACCUGCUGCUCUAACAGUGUUGCCGCCACCACCUGCCUCGCCUUCGCCGCCACCACCUGCUGCCUCGCCUUCGCCGCCAUCACCUGCUGCCUCGCCCUUGCCGCCACCACCUGCUGCCUCGUCGUCGUCGACACCUCCACCUCACUCAAACCACCACAGCAAUCUGGUCUUCCCAAACUACAGAAAUUAAAUAUAUCAAGCGCCAAUAGUACGAAGAUUCGCUGCAGCUCCGUUGUUACAACCCUUGUUAAGCUGAAUACAAAUUUUCACAACAACUGUAAUCUAUAACUGGUUGUUCUGUAAUAAAUGAAAUUAAAUGCCAA